UCAGAAGUUUUAUAUUAGUGUUAAGUUUAGAUAAAAGAAGUCACAUUUAGGUCGUUAGAACAGCAGCUGCUAAUUCGGACAGCUCUAAAUUUGCCCUUUCUUUAUCUCUCAGUUUUCUACUCACUAUAUAUAUCUCUUCUUCUUACUUAUAAUACCCUGCGUCUUGACGAAAUAAACACGCAACAGAGACAGAGGAGCAAAAAGAUGGCCGACUCCCUUUUGCAAAAGGCCACCUCUGCUCUCGGUGAAACUGCCAAGAUCGAUGUCGUGAAGGAUGCAGUCGACAAUGUGGUGUCAAGAGGCAUAGAUGGAGCCAAAUCGCUGGUGCACAAUUUGGAAGAGAAGAAAGGUGAAGUCUCCUCCAAAAUCGUGGGAGCUGUUACACACUUUACCGGCAGUGCGGACAAUCAGCCGCUCCUAGCGGCAGGUGAUCGUGAGGUCGAGACGCCCUGGUGGAAGAACUGUUGUGAAGUUCUUGAUCUUCUCAAGACAUCAACAUCAUCAUCUACUCCCAAGUGAAGAACAGAGAGGUGAAAAAAGUUCCCACCCAGUUUUUCAAACUAUGUUCUGAGUAUUCCCUUCCGUUUUCUUGAGAGUGA